GCCUCCCCGGGACGUGCGGUUCCCACCCGGCCACCAUGAGGUUUCUAGCCCUCGCCAGACUACUCUGCAUCUUGCUUCUCUGCUUGUCCGUCUUCUCCGCAGAAGGAAGAAGGCAUCCGAGGCAUCCUGCCAAGCCCGGGAAAGGCAAGCCCUGCUGUCCCCGAGUUCCUGGUCCUGACCUGAUGACCCGGAAAGGACACCAUGUGAGAAGCUGCAGACCAUGCAAGUUCAAGCCAAAGCCCCGCUCUUGGGUGGUGCCUGGGGCACUCCCACAGGUGUAGUGCUCCCCAAAACAGGCUCCAUAUAGCCGAGACCCUCAUGCUCAGUGCCUUAGGCACCCAGAAGACUUAGGUUCCCCCAGGAUGCUCCCCUCAAAGUUGGGGCUGACGACAAAGCCUCUGCCCAUGAACCUGAGCCUUCUCUCUUAAAGACACAACAUUUCUUGCCUGCCAUGUUGCACUGUGCUCAUGCUGCCUUUUAGAAAAGCCAGAACCAGAAUCUUCUGAAAACCACAACAUGGAUUCAAAGGUCAAAGUUCUGGAAUGCCUGUUUUGUUGUGUGGCCCUGGACAAGUAACUUAAACCCUCUGGGCUCAUGCUGGCUUCAGAGAUAUAAAAUCCAGCGAGACAAAACAUACAAGGAAGGCAUCAACGGGCUUCACUAACCCCUUUCAACCUUCAUGGCAGCAAGCUGGGACGUUGCAGGGCUUCAUGUCGGGCAGCAAAGGCCCUGGGAAAGUUUCAGAACUCCAGAUCCUGGUCUCAAUCAUGCCACCAACCUUCAGAGUUAUGGUGUUCCAGGUUCAGCCCACCUGGCCUCAGUCUUCACCUGGCCCCUUGAACGCUGAUAGUCAAGACUCCACCGUGACCUGUGGCAGCUACAAAUCUGGAGACUUCCCAGCCUGCCAGGGUGCAGGGUAACAGGAGCCCAAGAGCAGCCAACCAGCCACGCAGAGGUUCAUCUGUCCUGAGAUACACCUAAGCCCCACGUCCCAUGGCUCCUGAAGGAACCCCUUCCUGACUUCCCGAUGUGAAUCUGCUGGAAAGAACGUUCAAAGAAACAAAUUGUAAAUAAAUAAACAAAA